CUCGUCCAGUCUGUUGCACUGCAUGGAGAGCCGCCGCAUCCGAAAUGGCCGCAAAGGUUUUGGAGCAGCUCAUCGCGCGUGGACGUCGGGAGCGAAAGCCAACAGAACAGCGUGAAGUAUCGUUCAACCUGGCCGAAAUCUCAACGAACCCGGAAUUCCAUGUGAAAAUGGUCGAGAAGGGGGUCGUGCGGUCACUCAUGCACCUCAUCACAGACUCGUCCGACGACCAAGCACUUCGAUUUGCGUGCUUGUGUCUGGGCAACACGUCGUCGACAGCUUCGAUACGGCUCAAGAUCGUGGAGGAGGGUGUAUUGCCACCUCUUAUAGCCCUCAUGAACAAAGAAGGGGGCGACAUCGUAGGAAAGCAGUACUCGGCCAUGACGAUAGGCAACUUGGCUGCUGAGCCGGAAAACCACGAAGAAAUUGUCAAACUUCAUGCAAUAUCAUCACUCGUAAGCUCCGUGGACCCCGAGGAACCGUGUUUAGGAGCAUACGCCGCGUUUGCCUUGGCCAACCUUGGCGUCAACAAUGAAUACCGACCGCUCAUCGUCGAGCAGGGCGCGAUACCCCGUCUCAUAGCGCUGGCGUGCUGCAGCGACUUGAGCGCCCAACGACAGUCCAUGGCGGCCCUCCGCGGAAUAUGCAUCACCCCCGACAACCGCCUGAUUGUUGUGAAGGAAGGCAUUUUGGACCCACUGGUUCUCAUGGCUCGGUCGGAUGAAAUCGAUAUUCAAAGGGAAGUCGCCGCAUCGUUCUGUACGUUGUCGUGCAUGGAAGGCAACAAGAUGGAGAUUUCGGACCGUGCGCUGCUCACGAUUGUGUCGAUGUGCUUAUCGGGGGACCCGUCUGUGGAGCAGCACGCUUGUUGCACACUCGCAAACUUGAUGGAAAUGCCUGAGCUGCAUGCCAAGCUGCUGCGUGAGAACGGCCUGGCGUCAGUACUGGCGCUCGCGUCCAGCGACGAGCCCAACACCAAGGCAGAAGCAUGUCGUUGUCUGGCCAAUCUCAGCGCCAACAAAGACGUCCAAGAGACUCUCAUGGUCCAGGGCGUACUCGACCCAAUUUCGAAAGCCCUCGUCGUGGGCCACCAUGUGUGCCAGCGCUUUGCAGCCCUCACCCUUGCCAACUUGAGUGUGGUCGGGGCAAACCAGAUCGCAAUCGUGAGUCUCGGCCUCAUCCGACCCAUCAUUGCCUUGGCGAAAGCGUUCGACCGAGAGCUAGAAGCCCGUCGUUACGCGGUCCUGGCCAUCGCCAACUUGGCUGCGAUGCUGGCUAACCACCCGGCCAUCGUGGAGGAAGGCGGUCUUCUAGCCCUCUUUUCGCUCUCGAGCUCGUCGGACGCGUUGAGUCAGUACUACGUGGCCUACGCACUGGCCAAUCUUGCUUCAAACGAAGCCAACCACACACGAAUGGUCGAAGAAGGUGGGUUGCAGCCCAUCAUUACGCUGGCGUGCUCGGCGGACUCGGACGCUCACCACCAAGCGGCGGCGGCGCUGCGAGGAUUGAGUGUGACCGCCGCAAACAAGAUCAAGAUCGUGCAAGAAGGAGGCCUUGAGCCGCUUGUGCGCCUGCUCGUGUCCGACGACGUGGAAAUUCUCCGCGAAGUGUGCGGCGCGCUGUGCAACCUGAGUGUAAGCGAAGAAACCAAAUACGAAAUCGCCAAGAGCGGCGCUGUUCCACCGCUCAUUGCGCACGCCCAGUCGGAGGACAUGCAAGUCGCCAGGCAGUGCACUGGGACGCUGGCAAACUUGGCCGAAGUCGACGAGAACCAAGCGAUGAUUGCGCUCGAAAACGGCAUCUCGCCACUGAUCAUGUGUAUGAGGUCGCAGUUUGUAGAGGUGCAGCGCGAAUCCGGCCGCGCGUUGGCGAACCUGUGCGCACGGCAUGCCAACCACACGGAGAUCGUCCAAUCGGGCGGCCAUCAACUCCUCAUUUCGUAUCUCUUGUCGCCAGACAUGGCAUGUCAGCGCGUCGGCGCCCUGGGGUUGUGCAACCUGUCGACAAACCCCGACCUACGCGUCAUUAUCAUGGAGAGUGGAUCGAUGGACCCGCUGAUGUCGCUAGCACGGUCCGAGGACGUCGAGGUUGAAAUCCAGCGAUUUGCAAUCUUGGCUAUAGCCAACUUGGCGUCGUGCGUCGAGAAUCACAAGAUCAUGGUCCGAGAAGGAUCACUGCCACUUCUCAUCAGUUUGUCCAGCGCCCCGGACCAAGAAGUGCGCCAAUAUGCUGCUUACGCCCUUGUCAAGGUCGCACUGAAUGCAGACUUGCGCAAAAAGAUUACAGAGGAAGGCGGGUUGGAGCCCGUCCUGUUCUUAGCUCGAACAGAAGAUUCAGACAUUCACCGAGAUGUGCUGCCUGCGUUGUGCACGCUCUCCUUUGCAGAUGCAAACAAGGCUGAGAUCUGCAAAAGCGGUGGGCUCCCGCCGCUCAUUUCGUCGUUGAGCUCGACCGACGGCGCUACGCACCGCCAAGCCUGCUGCGCCUUGGCCAACUUAAGCGAAAACAUUGAAAACCAAAGUCGUAUUGUAAACGCCGGAGCUAUUGUCCCCCUCGUGGACGCUGUCAGGAAAGGCAACGAAGUGAUCCAGCGCGAAGCGGCGCGGGCACUCGGGAAUCUCGCGGCCAACUGCGACUACGGCAACGUGAUCCUCAAGCAAGGCGCUGUGCCGCCGCUGAUUACGCUGUUGGCAAGUGAAGUUGUGGAAUGCCAGCGCAUGUCGUCCAUGGCGUUGUCCAAUUUGGCGACAAACGUCGACAAUCAGCAAAAGAUGCUCUCCAUGGGGAUUCUGGAGCCUGUGAUCGCUCGCCUUGACGAAGCCCUGGAUCCGCGAUCCCUCGCUGACAACGAAACGAUUCGGUACUGCUUGCUCGUGCUGGCUAACUUGGCUGUGUCGCAUGGCACCCACGAAGAGCUCAUGGAGCGGUGUCUGACCCUCUUGUGCAACUACGCCAAGCACCGCGACGUAAAGUGUCGGCAGUUCUCCAUCUUUGCAAUCGGAAACCUUUGCAGCAACCCUGCCAACCUCGAGCGGAUUGUUGAGGCGAACGCGCUAAAGCCGAUCAUUUCGUUUGCGUUUCCCGGGGACCCAAAUGUGCAAUUCCAAGCGAUCGCGGCGCUGCGGGGGCUGUCCGUGAACCAGGACAUCCGACAACAAGUCAUGCGUCUCGGCGCCCUCGAGCCCGUGAUCCUGGCGGCAUCGUCUGAAAGUAUCGAAGUCCAGCGGGAAGUUGCCGCCACCAUGUGCAACCUGUCCAUGUGCGAGGAGAACAAAGUGACGAUGGCACGGGGAGGAUGCUUGCCGCCAUUGAUUGCGCUGGCACAAAGCGACGACCCCACGCGCGAACGCCAUGCGAUCUGUGCGCUGGCCAACAUUGCCGAGAUGAUUGAAGGCCACACGCAGCGCAAAAUGAUUGAAGAGGGCGUGUUGACUCCACUGUACGCUCUGGCACGGUCGCCCGACGUUGAAAUUCGCCAGCAAGUUGCUCGGUGCUUGGCCUUGUUUGCAGCGAAACCAUCGUCGCAGACGACGCUCUUGCGCAGCAACGCGCUGCAGUACAUUAUAUCGUUCAUCCAGACCGACGACGCGAUAUGCCAGCGCUUCGGGACGCUAGCCGUUGGCAACUUGGCCGUGUCCCCGACUAACCACAAGGAUUUGUUCGACCAAGGCGCGAUUGCCGCCCUCAUGAGCGUCGAAAAUUCCGCGGACCUCGAAACCCGCCGGUGCCUCGCCUUCGCCAUCAACAACAUUGCCGGCAACGACGCGAAUUGGAUCACAAUUUGCAAAAUGGGCAUCUUGCGCUCCAUCGUGUCACUCAUGCACGACGCGGACGAGGAGACCCACUUGCAAGCGUGUUUUGCCGUGCGGCGCCUUGCGCUGGAGCCAAAGUCGCGGUCUCAAGUCGUGCUGCAUGGCGGACUAAAGCCGCUGUUCCAAUUGACGCUGUCCGAGAACAUCGAGGUGCAGCGCGAAGCAACGGCCGCCAUUCGGAACUUGAGUCUCAGCGAAGACAACAAGAUUGCGAUCGUCCUGAACGGGUUCCUGACGCCACUCGUGACGCUGGCGCACUCGGGGGACAUCGAAGUCGCGCAUCAAGCGACCGGGAUUCUCGCCAACUUGGCCGAAGUGAUUGAAAACCAAGGCCGCAUGGUGCAGGAGGGCGUCCUCCAGCACGUCAAGUUCAUCCUGCGGUCGAAAAACGUCGACAUCCAGCGUGAAGCGGUUCGUACGAUCGCCAACAUGUCUGCCGAAUACGCAUACACAGCCGAGAUUGCGUCCAGCGGGGGACUGGCGCCGUUGGUGGCGACCCUGAGCUCGCCUGACUUUUUAUGCCAGCGAUAUGGGGCCAUGGGGCUCGCCAACUUGUCGACAAACGUCGACAAUGUGGUCAAGCUGAUCCAGGACGGUGCAAUUCACCCCCUGACUAUCUUGGCCAAGUUCGGCAAUGGCGACGUCGACAGCCAACGGUACGCCACGUUUGCACUGACGAACCUGGCAUCUGUCCAGAGCACGCACACGCAGCUCAUCGACGCCGGCAUCAUUCCGCUGUUCACCGGCCUCCUCGAAGAAGAGGACGCGAGUAUUCGCAAUGCCGCGGCCUUUGGUAUUGCCAACUUUGCCGCGUUUCCAGAAAACCAUCGGUUGAUCGUUGAGUCCGGCAACUGCCUCGAAGCGCUGAUUGACCUGGUGUCGUCCGCAGAUGGCAAGUGCGUCCUACGCGCCGUCUCGGCCUUGCGCGGUCUCUGCGUCGACGCCACAAUUCGGGAAGACGUGGUCCGGAUGGGCGGUCUCCCGCCACUUCUUCGGCUCACGCAUUCCAAAGACAUGGACGUUCAGCAGGAAGUGCUUGCGUGUUUGUGCAAUCUCAGUCUAAGCGGGUGCAUCGGUGCCGACCCAGGACUGUUUCUAUCUGCUUGCGACGUGCACAGCCUCGUGUCGUUUUUGUGCUCGGCGGACGCGACGUACCGUCUCUUUGGGGCCAUUACGCUCGGGAACGUUGCUGCCAAGUCCGAGCACCACGAAUCGAUUGUCGGGGCCGGCGCCAUCGCGCCACUCAUUGAGCUUUCCCGCAGUGUCGACUUGGAAACCCACCGGUGCAUUGCGUUUGCUUUGUGCAAUCUCGCGUCCGAGCCGAGUCGGCGGCAGUUGAUUGUCGACAACCACGGGAUUCCGCCCAUCAUUGCGCUUGCGUGCUCGGAAAGUUCCCAAGACAAACGAACGGCCAUUGCGGCGCUGCGCGGGCUAUCCAGCACCCCCGACAGCCGCGUGAAGAUUGUCCAGGAUGGCGGCCUCGAGCCGCUGAUUCUCGGUGCCACAUGCGUCGAUGGUUUUGUGCGCAAAGAAGUGGCUGUCGCCGCGUACAACUUGUCUCUCCACGAAAAAAACAAACCGGCAAUUGCGUCGUCUCAGCUCAUGGUCGAGCUCAUCCAGCUGUGCAUGUCCCCCGACAUGGAUGUCGAGCACCAAACCAAGGCGGCCUUUCAUGUCGUCGCGACGUAUGCGUGCGCUACAAUCGCCAACUUGGCCGAGCACAGCGACACCCACGACCAUAUCCUCCGCGACCGUGGCUGCAAAUUUCUCGUGGAUCUCGAAGACAUGCAGGAUCCGCUCCUAGUCAAGGAAGCGCUCAAGUGCGUGUGCAACCUUGGAUGCAACUACAACACGCAUGCGCGAUUGCUCGAAGACAACUGCCAUACUUUGCUCGUGCAUUCGCUCGACAGCGCAAACGUCGACGUGCGCAUGUUUGGCGCGAUCGGGCUCGGCAACUUUCUCGCGAACCCCGCCACACACCACACGAUCUUCAAAAAGGCGAAUGUGAUUGCGCUGUUGGUUCGCCUUGUCUCGGACGAGGCGUUCCCGGACCCCCAGCGCUUUGCGGUCCUGGCGCUCGGCAGCAUUUUUGCCAACCCCGUCCAUCAUGAAGCGUGCUUGGCGCAGGGAGCCCUGGUUCCCCUCGUCCGGGCGAUGAGCGCCAAACACACACUCGAAACGCGGUUCUACGCGACCUUUUCUCUCGGCAAACUCGCCAUGAACGACUUGUACCACACCGACGUCGCCCACGCUGACCAGUGCAUCGACAGUGCGAUCGCUCUCAUUGUAUCCGACAAUAUCCAUGCACGAUGCCAGGCCGUAUCGGUGCUCCGCCGUCUCGCCAUCCUCGACACGAUUCGAUUCGAAUGCAUGUCUGCCGCGCGGGUGCCCGCGCUUCUGCCAGCCAUCGUCCAGGCUGCGUCGGCCGCUUUCGUUCAUGCCAACGCAGAGCUGGCGCGUGAAAUCGCCGCGUGGGCGUGCAAUUGGACAUUGAGCGAUGCCCACAAAGUGACCGUCGCAACCUCGCCGCUCCUGGCGCAGUUGUUUACACUGGCAGCAUCCACGGACAUUGAAACAGCCCGAAAUGCAUGCGGAGCGCUGGCAAACAUUGCGGAAGACCCAGAGAGCCACUUGAACAUGAUGGAAAUGCACGCCGUUCCGAGUUGCAUCCGGCUCAUGCGGUGCAGGUACUUGACCGUGUAUCGCGAGGCGAGUCGGUUGGCAGCCAACUUGAUUUCGUCGAUGGAGAUGCACGUGCUGUACUUGAGCGAAGAUGGUCUGGGCGCGCUAACCCGUGUGGCCAAGACAGACGACCAUGAGUGCCACUACAACGUUGCGCUCGCGUACCACAAGCUGUGCAUGAACCCUGCGACCCACAGCAGCGUGAUGGCGUCCGGGUCGCUCGUCACGUUGUUCAACCUGAUGGGGGCUCAUGACUUGACCGUGCAGCGCCAGGCUGCCGCUGCGUUCAAAGCGCUGUGCUCCAGCAUUGACAACAAGCCCAAGAUCCUCGGGGAUGGCGGUCUUCUUGCGAUCAUCUCACUCUUGCGCGCGACAGACGUCGAGUUACAGUGCAUGGGGGCCGCAUCCAUUCGUCACUUGGCGCUGUAUUUGCCCGUCAAGACAGCGUUCGUUGCAGAAGCUGGGCUUCCCCCGCUCUUUAGCGCCAGUAUGGUUCCCAACGCGGAUCUGCAGCUGCAGUGCGCUGGCGCGUUGGCCAACUUGAGUGAAAACACCAAAAAUCAAGUGGCGAUGGUGGCCCAAGGCGGGCUUGCCGCGCUCGUCGCGCUGUCAACGGCAAAGGAUGAAAGCAUCAUGCAGCAAACGGCGCGGGCGUUUGCAAACGUAUCGUCGAACCCAGAGAAUCAAGUGAAUGUGUUUACGACCGCAGAGCUCCAGGCGCUGUUCACGCUUGCGUCCUCAUGUGAGGAAAACUGCGGGCGCGACGCCGCGCUGGCCAUGGGGAACAUUGCCGUGACAGCAAAGAACCAGCUUCAAAUCGCGCUGCAGGGCGGAUUCGUUCCGCUGGUGAUGCUCGUCCAGAGCCCGUUUGCAUCGUGUCGGCAGUAUGCGGCCCGUUGCAUGUACCGGUUGAGUGCAAACAAAGACAACCAGGCGCAUUUGGUCGAUGCUGGCGGAUUGGGACCGCUCGUGGCACUCUUGUCGGACCACGACGUCGACUGCCAACGGAACGCGGCGAUGGCCAUUUGCAACUUGGCUAGCAACGUCCAGAACGAACUGCGCAUCGUAAAAGCAAACGGGUUGCCGCCGCUGAUUCGGUUGCUCGCGUCGACGAAUUCAGAGUGCCAGCGGUAUGCCGCCAUGGCGUUGUGCAACCUCGCCGCCAACACAUCGAACCAAAUCCACAUCGUCAAGGCGGGGGGCCUCGCUCCCCUGAUUCAAGUCGCAGCGACCAACCCCCACGAGAGCGAGAGCGCACGGUAUGCUUGUAUGGCGAUAUCCAACAUCUCGACGCAUCGCCAGAAUCGGCUCGUCGUCGUUGACCAAGGCGCACUGGCACCCAUCAGCCAGCUCGCCAUGUCGCCGAUCCUCGAGUGCCAGCGCAGUGCGACGCUGGCCAUCUACAACGUGUCGUGCGCCGCGCUCAACCAACUUCGCAUCGUCGACCAAGGCGUUUGUGUGCACUUAAUCAAGCUCGCAACGUCACCGGACACGGACACAAAGCUGUACGCGAUGAUGGCCAUGUGCAACUUGACUGCAAAUGCCGAAACGCGGGUGGCCGCUUCUCGAUCGGGCGGUUUGCAAGCGCUUGUGCUGGGCGCGAAAGACAUCGACAUGGCCAUUCGCCGGUAUGCGUGCAUUGCCAUUUGCAAUUUGGGAUGCGACCCCCAGCUCCAGGUGCAAGUCGUCGUUCACGGCGGCCUCGCCGCCAUCAUCUCCAUGAGCGAGUCCGCCGACGUGAUUGACCAGCGGUACGCCGUCAUGGCGCUGUCCAACCUGGCCGCGAACGAAACGAAUCACCCGACGAUGAUUUCCCGAGGUGUGCUCAAGAUCGUGCUCCGUCUAUCGACGUCGCCCCUCGACGAUAUUCGCCAGUACGCUGCUUUUGCCCUCGCCAACUUUGCCGGAAACGCUGAACACUGCAACACGAUCGGCGACGAAGGUGGAAUCAUUCCACUCAUUGCGCUCGCCCACUCGGAAGACUCAAACGCCCACACGCUGGCCAUUGCCGCGUUACGACGAUUGUGCCAAGUCUCGCCCGCGAACCGAGGGCGGAUCGUCCGCGGUGGUGGGUUAGUGCCGCUUGCCAUUGCCGGCCACUCGGAAGAGCUCGAAACACAGCGGGAAGUGGCCGCCACUCUCUGCAAUUUGAGUCUUAGCGACGAGUACAAGUUAGAAAUUGUCGCGAGCGGCGCCCUUCCUCCUUUGAUUCAGCUAGCGCAGUCGCCGGACGUUGAAGUGGCGCGCCAGGCGUGCGGCGCCGUCGCCAACUUGGCAGAGAAAAUCGAGACGCAUCCGCGGUUCGCCGAAGCUCGCGGCGGACGAUUUUUGAUUGCGCUCAUGCGGCACAAGAGUGUGGAUAUUCACCGAGAAGCUUCUCGCGCGAUCGCAAACCUCCUCACAAGCUUUGGCCACCAUGGCGAUAUCGUGACGGACGGUCUUCCCGGGCUCAUUCAUCUCGCUCUGUCGCUGGACGUAGAGUGCCAGUACAACGCUGCUCUGGCGCUGCGGAAGCUCUCGCCCAACUUGUCCAGCCAUAAGGGCAUCAUUGCCGAAGGCGGGAUCAAGUCGCUGUUGUUCUUGUUGCUGGCCAAGGAAACCAACAUUCGCCGGCAUGCCGUCGUGGCGCUUCGCGAUAUCGCGUCGAAUGCCGAGUUCAAACUUCGGUUCCAUGAAGAGGGAGGGGUGGCAGCCCUUGUGACGUUUAUGCGCGACGUCGAGUCGAGUUUGCAGUGUGCCGCGCUCGCAGCACUCCGGCACUUGUCCAUCGCGCCAGAGCUGAAGCGUGUGAUGGUUGAAGAAGGCGUGCUGCGACCCCUUCUCAAGUGCAUCAACCCAAACCACGCGACACAUCACUUGGAUUUACUCUGCCAGUGCGCGGGCGUGCUCGCAAACUUGAGCGAAAACAUGGCGAAUCAACCGACGAUGGUGGACGACGGAGCGACCGUGGGGCUCGUUGCGCUCGGCACAAUAGACCACGAUGAGAUUCAACAGGAUGUUGCGCGGGCGUUGGCGAAUUUGAGUGCCAAUGAAGACAACCAUGGCACGAUUUACAAGCAGGGCGGGCUGAAGUGCUUGCUGGCGCUAACGAAUUCGCGAGAGGAAGUGUGCCAGCGGUACGCUGCGAUGGGGCUUCGGUUCCUGUCGUCGAACCCGCAGAUCCGCGUCCACAUUGUCCACGAGAAUCUCCUCCCGCCGUUCCUGUCGCUGGCCCAAUCCCCCAUUCUCGACUACCAGCGCACUGCUGCGUCCGCAUUCUGCUCGUUCUCGCUCAACGAAGACAACAAAAUGAAACUCGUACGCGACGGUGCCCUCGCCCAGAUUCUCAAGUGCAUGUUGUACCCCGACUUGGAAGUUGUCCGAGACUGCACAUUCGCGCUCGCCAACUUGGCCGACAGCUGGGAGUACCAACUCGACAUUGUACGGGAAGGCGGGAUCGGCGUCCUCGUCAAAGUUGGCGUGCACGACGACGCCCGCGUCCAGCGGGAUGCAUCCCGAGCGCUCGCGUCCCUCAGCAUGACCGCCUCGCUUCGAUCCGACCUCAUCCAGCAACACGCGCUCAAGACACUCUUUAGUCUGGCCCGGUCGCUCGACGUCACGUCGCAACGAUACUCGACGCUUGCCGUGUGCAACCUGAGUUCAGGUGACGACAAGGCGUUCAUUGUCGAGCAGGGCGCGGUGCGGCCACUCAUGCAUCUCGUUCGGUUCCCCGACCACGAAAUCCAGCGGUAUGCCGCACUCGCGUUGGCCGGCCUAGCCCUCGGCGACCACAGCAUGAACAAGAUCCGCAUGAUUGAAGACGGCGUUGUUCGGCCACUCAUUGAGAUGCUGCGGUACCCGAGCGUGGAAAUCCAAAAGUGCGGAUGUCUUGCGCUCAACGCGCUCGUGCUGGGCAAACACGCGAUGGCAAAGACCAGUGUGAUGCAAGAAGAUGGGCUGUUGCCGCUCAUGGCGCUCCUCACGAGCUCGGACCUUGAAUGCAUCCGCAUCGCGAUCUACUGCGUCGGGUCGCUCGCGGAAAACAUGGAUGUCCUCGUCAAGCUGAUCGAACUUGGCGCGAUCGCAAAGAUCGUGCAUCAGUGCCGCGUCCCCGACCUGGAAGUCCGACGAAACUGCGGCUACGUGUUUGCGCUGGUCGUGGAGCACCACGAGUUUCACGACGAGUUUGUUCGGGAGGGCGGGAUGGUCACCGUCAUCUCCCUCGCGUCCAUCGAGGACAUGGAGUGUCAAGAGUACGCGACGUUUUCGCUGGCUCACUUGGCAUCGAACCGAGACUACCAAGUCAAACUGGUCGACCACGGCGCGCUCCGACCUCUCAUUUCGAUGAUGUCGGUGAAUGCUGAGCCGAGACACUACGCUGGUCUCGCGCUGCUCAAGCUCGCCGACAACUACGAGAACCACCUCAAGAUUGCAGAGGAAGGCGGGAUCCAAGCACUGCUCCGUAUCGCGCGCGCGCGGUCGACCGACGAAGAAUUGCAGUACAAGGCGUCGAUGAGCUUGGGCCAGUUGGCCAGCAACGCGACCAAGCUCAUUCCGAAAGGCAAGCUAUCGAGUGACAGCGUCGGCGGCAGUGUGUCGCGGAUGGCCGCGGCCACCGACCAGUUGCAAGCGCGGAAAGCACGGGAGCAGACCCAAGCGUACUUGGAGAAGAAGAUUCAAGCGGAGAAAAGCGCCACAACAACUACCACGCCUCGGGCGAUGUAGAGCGUAGUUUGCGAACAACAACACAAUGGACUUGAGCUUUGGUAUAUCGCGACCACGUUGAUUUUCAACACGUCCAUGGACCCCGCCCAACAACAGGGCGUCGGAAG